CUGCGGCUCCGUCGGCGUCGGGUGAAGCACCUCGAGCGGCGCCAACAGUGAUAGAAGGGUAAAAGCCGCGCGAUGAUGCCCCACGGAUUCUACCCCUACCCGCCCGGGCGCGAGGGCGCGCCCCCGCCGCGCCCCCCGGGGGGCCAGAUGGCCCCGCCCCCGGGGAGCGAGCCCAUGGUCGCGCCCGGCGGCCCCUACGGCCCGCCGCCGCCCGGCGCCGUCUUCUACGCGCCCAUGAUGCACCACCAGUUCGGCCCGCCCCCCCCGGGGUGGAUGCCCAUGCCGCCCGACGGCAAGGGCCUGCCGCCGGGCGCCGCCGGCGCGCCCGCGCCCAUGGGCCCGAACGUCCGCGGCGUGCCCGACAUGCAGUACCUCGCGGCGCAGGGCGCGAUGCGGGGCGCGGCCUACGCCGACGGCGAGCAGCCCAAGAAGGCCGCGCGGAAGCGCAAGAACGCGCCCAAGGUCAACCGCCAGCGCAUGGGCUACAGCGACGACCCCAAGGACGAGUGCUUCGAGACGCUCCGGUUCACCGACAGCCUGCGGUCGCAGUACAACAACGCGAUCCGCCACUUCGUCGCCUACGUCAAGUCCAACGGCCUCGACCCGGAGCAGGCCGUCGUCUUCGUCCACGAGGACGGCACGGUCAAGGACGACGAGCUCCGCAACUUCGCCAUCUACCUCCACGACCAGGACACGGUCACCGACUCCGUCUUCCGCAACUGCCUCAAGUGGAUGCAGAAGAACCUCGAGGCCCAGUUCUCCAAGCUCAAGCUGCCGACGCCCAAGGCCUACGUGAGCCGCAUCCAGGGCAUGCGCAAGCUGAACCACGCGCAGCGCCCGAAACAGCUCGCGCAGCGCGCCAUCUCCAACGCCAAGGACGCGGAGCUCUACCGCAAGCUCAACGCGGAGCAGCGCCACGAGGCGCCGCCGCAGGCCUCCACGAAGUUCACGCUUCGGCGCGUGGACCUCGACCUCCAUCGGCGCCGUCAGCGCGUCGUCGGCGCCGCCGUCGGUCUCAGCCUGAUGCCUCUCUUCCGCGGGCGGCGGCUGUCGUUCACGAAGAAGACGGCGGGCGCGAGCCCGAGCCGCGUGACGCCCGAGCACGCCGCGGCCCUCGCCGACCCGGUCAUGCAGACCAUGCGGGCCCAGCUCUUCCGGGAGGAGGCGCUGCGGGCGCCCGGGGACAAGACGUACGAGGUGCCCAUGCCCCGGUCCUACGACGACUUCGUGCGCCAGGCGAGCCGACAGCGCGCGCCGUCGUUCGAGGAGACGAGCCGGCGGCGCCUCGCGGCCGCCGGCGGCCGGCCCGCGCCGCGCGUGCGGCCCGUCGCCGGCGGCAAGAUCUACGUCGUCGCGCGCGUCGACGACGCGGGCCUCCUCGAGGCGCUGAGCGCCGUCGCUUCCGAAGACCGCGGGCGCUCGACGCUCGCGCGGCGCGUCGAGCGCGACGAGCUCAAGCACCAGCUCCUGGAGAGCGCGAUCAAGCGAGAGAUCAUCAAGGCCGAGGAGCUCCGGCGCGAGGAGAAGCGGCGCGCGCGCGCGGCGAUGGCGCCCGCGGACCGCGCCGUCGCCGACUCCUACGCCGGCGCGAAACCCUUCGCGGAGCAGUUCCAGAAGGAGGCGUCCAAGGGCAGCCGCUACGCGGCGGCGCGCGACGCGUUCUGGGGCGGCGACGACGACGAGACCGACUACCAGGAGGAGGUCCUCCAGUUCCGCGCGAAGCAGGCCGCGAAGCGCCGCGCGCGGCGCCAGUCCGCCGACGCGGACCGCCGCGCGCGCGCGGAGGCCGACCGGGCGCGCGAGCGGCGGGAGGCCGAGGCGCGCGCGGACCGCGACCGCGCCGCGCGCGCCGAGGCGGCCAGGGCCGCCGAGGCCGAGCGGCGGCGCGCCGCGGCGCGCGACCGCGACGAGCGCGCGCGGCGCGCCGAGGAGGCCGCGCGGCCGCCGCCGCCGAAAGCGCGCGCGGCGACGCCGCUCCCCGGCCGGCGGCCGCCGCCGCCGCGGCCCGCGACGAGCGGCGGCGGCCGGAGCCUCGACGACCUCGCGGCGUCGACGGGGCCCAUCGCCUACGAGGCCAUCGCCUGGCUGCCGACGACGAGCGGCUGGGGCGGCCUCGGCCUCGACCCGUCGUCGCCCGCGGACGCGAAGCGCAGGGCCGCGCGCGCGGCCCUGCUCAAGUGGCACUCCGACAAGUUCCACGCCAAGUUCGGCGGCCGCAUCGGCGAGGCCGACCGGGAGCGCGCGAGCUCGCUCAACGAGGAGGACUUCGCGUACCUCGGGAAGGCCUGCGUCGUCGUCGAGAAGCGCCAGUGCGAGAAGGGAAAGCCCUGCGAGACCUACCUGGAACCGGAACGGCGACGACGUUUAGCCCAGACGAAGAAGGAGAAGAAGGAGGAGAAUCGGAAGAAGAAGAAUAAGAAGAAUCGGUGCCAGCGGGUCCGGUGGCAGUACUUCUUCCGCGUCGAGCCGGGCGCCGCGGCCCUCGCGGGCCUCGACGCGUCCGCGCUGCUCCGGUCCGAGCGGAAGCACGGCUGCAAGGGCGAAAAGUACGUCAACGACACCGUCGACUGCUGGGCGCCGCGCCGCGCGCCGGCCGACGAAUGGCGGUGCGCGCGCCCGGAGUGCGUCAAGCUCGUGGACCCAUCCGAAGACAUCAAAAAGCUCGAAAUGGAGAUCGGGACCGCCGCGGCAAAUGCGAUUACCUCGAUGAUCUGCGGGUUCGUCUUCGCCUGGUGGUGCUGGCUCCUGUUCCAGUACUGGUUCUACGCGCCCGAGCGCCACUUCCGCGACGGGCCCCACGGCUGGCAGGGCCACGCGACCUUCAUCCCCUGCGUCGGCUUCCUGAAGAGACCGAACUACGACGCCGGCGAGUACCCCGACCCGCCGCCGGCCCUCGUCCAGCUCGCGCCUUCUCCGCACCCGAAGCCCUACGUCGCCCAGACCCCCGUCGUUGUGCUGGAGGCCCCGCCGCGCGUCCUGCGGGUCGCUAUCCCGCCGGGCGCCGCGCCGGGCGCCGUCAUCCACGCGACCGCGCCGACGGGCGAGAGGGUGGCCGUCACGGUGCCCCCCAACGCGCCCGCCGGCACGGUCCUCCAGGUCGGCUACUGA